AUGACAGAAGAAAAACUGGCUAGACAAAGAGGCACACACGCUCAAGGUUCGAAAAGACCGGAUUCGAAAGGCAAUUAUCCAAAAGUUGAGGAUACGGAUUCAUGAAAUGAAGGUAAAAAUAUACCAGCCCCAAAAGGCCGCAACGCAACGGGCACUGGAGCAAAGCUUGAGCUCCCAACAUAGUGGACCUUGGGGUCCGGCGAAAGUCUUCGCCAAGACAGGAUUGAACCAGCAGGCCUUGGAUGAUAUCGGCGUCUUUGAAGCUCACGACCAUUUAUUUAACCGCGUGUGGCGCCCCAACAAGCAAGUUCUCUGGAACGGUAACGAGAACUUUCGCCAGGUAGCUCAGAAAUGGGCGGACAAGAACGGACUGCAGACUCUGACUACAGCGAUGGGUUCUUUGAUGACCGAGAGCAAUCCAUCUUAUGGAAAGAAAGGGGUCGGUAAAAAAAGGACCAACUACAUCAAGGGGGCUUGUGCUCUAUUUGCGUGGUACAUAUCUAUGGGCGAUAAAAUCGUUGUGCUGGCAUUACCCCCUGAUGAGAACGGAGACCGCUUCAACCCGUCUCCAUACACAAACUUUCGCGGCAUCGAAGAGCCAAUCGUCAAAGGUCAGCUUGGAAAUAGUGCCGUGGGGGAGAUGCUGAUCGUCCAUCCGACAGUGCCCCAAGCUGAGGAGUUCUUCUAUGCUUUGUGGCCGAUUGACGGACAGAAGGCUAUGAAGGCAAUUUUAGACAGCCAGGGCCGGGGCAGAUGGAACUGGAGAGUCCCCAGUCCUUCAAAGAAAGCUAGAGCUUGCUUGGACAAAAUCCGACACCAAGUUUCUAGCAGCGUGAACAAUUUUGCCUUGUCUGGAGUGGCCACCAACAUGACACAAGAAGGAGAAGGGAGCAACCUCCAAGGUGCGGCAAACGUAACGCCGCCGAUGCCAACAAACAUGCAACAACACCCGCAGCAAGUGGUUGCGACAACAAGACUGGCGGCGUCUACUGAAUGCCCUCGGGUUGAACAGAAGACGGUAGCAGAGAAUGACAUCAUUGUAUGGCUGGGAAACAAAGAGAAGAUCAAACCCAUACGCAUCGCCUUGCGCCUUGUCCUCGCAGCCGAUGAACUCGAGUUACAACGAGCCAAACUGAAGCUUGAAAUGUUGCUCAGGGAGGUUUCUUCACUUCAGAAAGGAAAGACCCCAGAAAUUAAGGUUGCAGGAAAGAUCAGCAAUGAAGGAAGCGUCAAAGCAGCCGUUGAAACUGAACCCCAUACAACCAAACCGGACCAGGAAGAUUUUCCAGUAUCUCGUCAGCCAUGCCCGGAUAUGACUGCGGCUCUUCUCAAGGCUGAGAAGGCUGAGAGGAAAAAGGAAAAGAAGAGAAAAAAGAAGGACGAGAAGAGAAAAAGAAAAGAAGAAACAGAGAAACAGAAAAAUGAGGGAAACCUCGCCGAGGAUGCAAGACUUAACCUUUCUGUGACCGAAGUGAGACUGAAGAAAAAGCAAAGAUGUAAGCAGAUGAACAAGACAACAAAAGAGGAGGCCGGGAAGCAGGAACAGGAGGGGAAAAUAGGUAAAGAUUCAACAAUUAAUCUUCCUAUGACCGAGAUGGAACGGGAAAAAUUGGAACGUAAAGAGGAAAGGAAGAAGCAAAGAAAGGAAGCAUGGCUCAAGAAAAGAAGAGAGGAGAAAUAUAAGGAAGAGGAGGAGAAUAGGGAGCAAGCGGGGAGGAAAGCAGCUGAAGGCUUAGCAAUCGACGGUCCUGAACUCGAAAGUGAAAAUAGCAUCGCCAGAGUCGCGCAUUUUCUGCGCCAGCACCUCGUCAGCAAGAAAAUCAUCAAGGCUUCCGCACAGGAUGAUGCCAACGUUUUUGGAAAAGCCGGGACGACCGGUGACGCGGUGAUUGCUGCUCUCAAGAAUAGAAAGGUAGUUUCUGUCGGGACUCAAGGGAAAUAUUUUUGGUUCGUCAUGGACAAGGCGCCGCAUUUGGUGAUGCACCUCGGCAUGACGGGCUGGGUACACAUCCGCGGCGCUCGCACCGCCUACACAAACUACUACAAGAAGCAAAACCCAGCCGAGGCAGACCUGUGGCCGCCCAAGUACUGGCGGUUCCACCUCGAGGCCCAAGACGGCACCGAAGCGGCCUUUACAGACCCCCGCCGCUUCGGCCGCGUGCGGCUGAUCGACUGCCCGGGGGACGCCAUCAGGAAGCACAGCCCGCUGGUGGAGAACGGGCCGGACCCCGUGGUGGACGCCGAAGUCUUCACGCCGGCCUACCUGCUCGCCAAGAUGCGCUCGCGCCGCGUCCCCGUCAAGGCGCUGCUGCUCGACCAGACCGUCGUCUCGGGCGUGGGCAACUGGGUGGCGGACGAGGUGCUGUUCCAGGCCCGCCUGCACCCCGAGCAGCUGAGCCACGAGUUCUCGGAUGAGCAGGUCGCAAGGCUGCACGCGGCGAUCCGCAACGUCUGCGUCUUGGCCUGCGACAAGCUCGCAGACUCGGACCUGUUCCCCGACAGCUGGCUGUUCAACCACCGCUGGGGCAAGGGCGCGGCCUCCAGGUCCGGCGAGCAGGCCCGCCUCCCCGGAGGGGAGAGGCUCGCGUUCCUGACGGUCGGCGGGCGGACGAGCUGCUACGCACCCGAUCUGCAGAAGAAGACGGGCGGGGUGGCGUCGGGCAUCAAGGAGGAACCCCUGGUGGUGGCGGUGGAGAAGAAGGCGGGGAAGAAGGAGAAGGGUGGUAGCAGCAAGAAACUCAGUACGACCCAGGUCAAGAUGGAGGGUGGUGGCGGCCAGGAAGAGGAAAUCGAGUCCACCACACCCAAGCCUAAAGCCAGGAAAAGGAAGCAGGAUUCGUACGAUUCGGGAGAUGGUGUGCCCAAAAAAUCUAUCAAAAAUUCUGCGUCCAAAGUCGAGGCCGGAGCCGUGGAGGCGGGCCAACCAUUACGGGCUGAUCCCGCCAUUGAAGAGGGCCGGAGGAGAUCGGGGCGCUUGCUAGCCAAAGCUACUGGCUGA